UAUAGUUGUUUAACCUUAUCUAACAAAUGCUGGAACCUUAGUGACGACAGUUAUCUGGACGGACUGGACUGGAUCGAUUUAAGCCCCGAUCAAGCAGUUGUCCUUUGUGACUACGCAAAUAUCGUGUUAAUGUUGCAUUUUUUUGUCGGCUGCCUUUUCAUCACCACCAGCGCUGAUCUGGGAUUUAAAUUCGGCCCAAGACUUUGGGGUCCCCAGCGACCCCAACGUAAAUGAGGGUGGUCACGCCUAAUAACUUCUUGCCGGGCGACAUGGGAGGCACAGUACAUUUUGUCGGCCCACAUACAUAUCGUGCCGCCGGAGAAACGCCGGGAAUGCUGGGUGGCCGGUCAUGCCCUGACUACUGACGUGUGCCUGGUAACCUUGGUUUCGUACGCUGAUAUUGUGCGUUGCCGUAUUGCUCCGGUAGGUGUCACUGAUGGUCUUGGAUUCGCCGUGCAGAGUGUUACGUUUUCCGCAAUUUCCGCUCCCAAACCGUUAGAUUGUAAACACUCUUAUACUUCGCCAUGCACUUCGGCUUGGUUUUUAUUUUUAAAAAAAGCACUGUAUUCGUUCAUAUAAUGUUUAACUAUUGUACUGGAUAUUUGUACAAUAUCUUGAUGAAGCAGAACAUUUUGUCUGUGCUAUGUGCACUGCAAUUAUUUUUCUGUGGAAAAAUAAGUAGGCCUACAUGCCUAACUCGAACAGCUCCCUUUGCGAAAAUAACACCACAUAGUUGAUAAUGAUAUUUGAUUGCUCGUGCUGUGCUCAUGUACGCAGCCCACUUGAUAAAUAAUACCCCAGUACUUAUUUUCAAACCACUUUUAUUUUUCAGAAAUUGCUUCAGUGUUUAGCGUCAUCAGGGGUGCUGCAAGAGAUUUUGGGCCCCAUGAAAUCGUAUAAUUUUGAACCCAGACCAGUCCAAUUAUGUUUGAAAAUUACGGCACCCCCGAUGGUCAUUGUCCAUUUACAGUUCAGCUUAAAAGCCUUUGAACAGAUGAAAUGGCAUCCUUCUCACAUACUGUAUGCUACCAUGUGGGAUUUAUGGACAGCUGUAUGAUGGCUAGUUGCUCAGGCCCUGAGGCAGCAAAACCUCCCCAAACGUAAUGCUUCCAGGAUCAUUCUUUUCAGUUGGUAUACGUUUUUUGUUAUAAGGUGACAUCUGGCAUUGUGGCUGAAGAACCACACCUUCCACUCAUUUGUCCAAUAGUCCUGUUCUUCACAUGGGUACUAUGCAGGGUUUCACAGAGUUGCAGCUCUCAGCACCUAUGAUAUGAGGAAAGUUGAGCUGACUCCUUUGGAGCAGCGGAAAUUGACGUUCGACACCCACGCUCUAGUAAAAGAACUGGAAGCUAACGGGUUUGAAAAAGGACAAGCGGAAGUGAUUGUGACGGCACUGGUGACACUUACUACCGCCAAUAUGGACAUUGUGUACAGGGACAUGGUGACUGGCACCCAUCAGGAAAUAGCUCUUCAGCAGAUCAUGGCUCAUCUUGACUCUAUAAGAAAGGACAUGGUGAUUCUGGAGAAGAGUGAGUUUGCUAACCUACGUUCCGAAAAUGAGAAAAUGAAAACGGAACUUGAACAAAUCAAGAGAAGGCUCAUAGAAGAGAGUCAAAAAAUCAGAGCUGAUGCGAAACUGGACAUAAAUCUGGAAAGAAGCAGAGUUACAGACAUGUUUACCGAGCAAGAUAAGAAGCUUAUGGAAGUUAGUACAGAAUUCCACAAAAAGAAUGCGGACAUUGACCGUGGCACAAUGGAAACAACUAGGAAAAUUGACUUAGAGGUGGCCUCAUUGAAAACACUCCUAGAGUCUCUUAAGCUUGACACUAUUCGGUAUCUUGCAGCUUCAGUGUUCUCCUGCUUAGCAAUUGCCUUAGGUUUUUACCGUCUCUGGAAGUAGGACUCAAUCAUCAAAUGGUGACACAUAUUUAAGGACCAGAAAAAACAACGACCGUGAAGACUGAAUGUGAGAAAAGUAUUUGCAUAAUACAAAUUUUGCACCAUUGUUUAGUUUAUCUUCAGUUUUUGUAUUUAUCAAUAUAAUGUAGAUACUGCCAGACCUCUUUCAUUGUUAACUGAUGUUGCUUAUGUGCCUUAGAACUAUUUUGUUCCUUCAAAAAUGGUUUUAAAAUCAAUGGCAUCUGUAUAAACCAAUAAAUGACUGGAUGCUGGGUUCAUUUUAUUGAUAGAGCUUAAUUUUCCUUCUUAGAUUGCAGGUGUCACCCCACUUUCAGAUCUAAAACUUAGGAGAGCUUAAAAACCGCCAAACUGGUAACACUGGAAGAACACCUCACAAAUUUAAGGUUUCAAAUGUCAAAAGAAAAGAAAAUCAGAGCUCAAAACAUAACCUCCCACUUCAUAUCUAAAUUUAAUUACAUAAAAAAACACCCUGAAACCCAAAGGAACCCCAAAAAGAGCAUUCAAAGUCCAGUCAUGCAUAGCAGAGGGGGGGGAUUUUAACUCCAGACCUUGGAGGUAUGAUACAGUAUGGUCAAUAGUUACAUAUUAAAAUGCAAAUACCAUCAUCUUAAAGCAUUAUUAUAAGGAGUGAGUUUAACCAGCGGGUGGUAAGUAGGGCAAGAUUAUUAGACCUCUGAAUUUCAUUUGCCUUAUUGCCAAUUGUUACAAAAUGCUGACCUAAUCAAUGCUAGAGGUGUAUCAAUGCAAGAUUUCAUUCAGAUAUUUAUCCUACUUAACACUUUCCAAAAGUGAAAUGCUGGCAUAUUUUCACUGUUGGAUGCUAAUAACAAAUUAUUGACAUUUUAGUAUGCAUACAUGACUGUACAUGUGAUUUUUUUUUUUUUGUUUUUUGGUAAGAUAGUGAUGUCAGUGUUCAGUGAAACACAUGGGUGAUCAGGCGCCGCUGGUUGGGCUGUGGAGGACACUAGGUCCCUGUGGUGUUUCUUUCUGCCCCACGUUCGGGAGCAUUCUGGAAAGUUAGCUGCAUUUCUGGUCAAGAACUCUUUGGCAAGACUGUUCGCGAUUGUAACCCUGCACCACUGCCUGUUCCCGCAGUCACUCUUUCGCUCCAUUGCUGCCACUUGCUGUUCCCUGACCGCUUACUGCUUCUUCAGGACUUUGCGGAGUAGUUCAUGAUGUUCCUGGACAUUUCAGUCCCACAUGCUACACAAAAUGUGAGCCUUAACUAUAUGUAAGGUGCCAAGUAGAUGUUUCACUGAUUCUACUUCCCAAAUAGCUACUUUAUGCUUAAUAAAUGUAAAAAAUAUUUGUGUGAAAUAAAAUCAAUGUUUAAAUAUA